AUGUCUGCCACCGACGACAUCGAGGAGCCGCCACCCCCGGUUACCAUCUUGCUGUUGCGCUCGCCCGUGUCCAUGUCCAAAGGCACCGAUCCGUAUCAUGACGCCUUCGGCUCUUUCUGUUUGCCAUCCUUUGCAACCUCUGCCCUCGAAUCCGGAACUUCGACACCACUACCAAGCCUGUCCACAGGCUCAAACCCUUGCCUCUCUUCCACUGCGGAGAAUGGCGCACUCGAUCUCAUCAAAACAGCUCUGUCUCAGCAGGCAGCCGUCGUCGCAAGCUCUUCCAAUAAACCUUCGUCAGACAACGCAUCAUCCACCGCGUUGCCAUAUUCAGCAACGGGCAGACGCAAGGGCAAAUUCAUUCACGACCAGCCUCGUCUCAUGACACAUCACCUUUCCUAUCUCACAGACGCAAACGGCAACGAGGUCGAGAUCGAGUAUUGCGUCACCUCGUUCCCCAUCCUCACCCACAAGUUUGUCAAUCAAGAUCUCUUUGUUGACCGUCUCUUGCAUGGUUCUCGCACGCAUGACACCGACACCGCCAGUCCGUAUCGCGGCAUGAUCGUCACCAGCCAACGCGCCGUCGAAGCAUAUAUCUCGGCUGGCGUCAAGGCGCAGGAAACUCUCCGCUCCAAAAACAAAACUUCGUCCAGUUCUCCUACCCCAUGGAACCGCGUGCCUUUCUUUGCCGUGGGCCCUGCCACCUCUUCGGCGCUGCGCAACGUUCCUCUUGCACCAUGGCUGCGUCCACGCCUCGUCAUGGGCGGCGAGGCGACCGGUACCGGAGAAGCGCUGGCCCGCUAUGUCGUGCGUCACUUUUCCUCGCCGUCUAUCUUGGUUCAGAACUCUGUUUUGCUUCCGGCGGAGCAGACACCCCCACUCCUCUACCUGGUCGGCGACAAGAACGCUUCCACUGUACCCGACAUGCUCUCCCAAGCUUCACCACCCGCUGGCCCCAUCCCUUUUGAGGAAUUGCAAGUGUACGAGACGGCCCCUGAUGAGCACUUUGCUGAAGGGUGCGAAGUGCUUGCAAGGACGCUGCCUUCAGUCGUCUCGAGACCUCCAAGCCGGCGUCCAAGUCAUGGCAGCAGGCGCCCAAGCGGUGGAAGCAUCACCUCGAUAGAUCGUGCUGCCUCUUUGUCCAGAAGCGCCAACACCAGUCGAACAUCGAGCGCCGAUGAUCUCCGCGCACAAGCCAGGAGUUGCUCCGAGCUGAACCGCAACUUCUCGACUACGCCGCAUCACCAGAAUCUGAGCCAUGUUCCUUCCAUCGGCACUCCUCUAGGUGUCAGCACCAUGACGCACACCGAAGCUCCAGCCCAUACACGCCUCGAAAACCUCGCUACUCCUGCAGCUGCAGGUGCCUCGCCCCAGAUGAUUGCUUCGCCCGCCCGUAUCGAACCGGAGCCUAUCAAUCCGAUCGAGGAAGAGCUGGUGCUCAAGAUGCUGCGGUCCAAGGUAAAGAAUGCAGUCGCUGAUGCGGGUAGCAGCGGUGCCGCACUUUCGCGCAUUGCUCGACCCGACUGGAUCGUCUUCUUCUCGCCCAGCGGCGUCAAUUAUGCUUUGGACGAAUUCCGACGUCGCAAAUGGAUGGCGCCAGCCGACCAAGCCCCAGCGGCAGCAGCAGCAGCAGCGACGACCUACGAGAAAGAUAAAAUCAACACAACCACUUUCGUGUCUACCAAUGCGAACAAAAUUGGCAAAGCAUCGACAAGCGGCUCACGCAGGUAUCCACGAAUUGCGGUGCUUGGCAGCACCACACGUGCUUGGAUGGUGGAGAACCUGAGCAUCGAGCCAGACGCCGUCGCCACCAAACCUGGUCCUAAAGAACUCAAGGAUGCCAUUGAGGCAGUAGAACUGCGUCUUCGUUCCAAGACGUAA